GGAGCCCCACCCUCUUUGGCCAAGAUGCCUUUAGGACUCUCUGCUGGGAGCACUCGUUCCGAGGAUGGAAGCGAGGCCUUCCUGGAGGGAACGGUGGACUGGGAGCUGAGCAGACUGCAGCGGCAAUGCAAAGUGAUGGAGGGUGAAAGGCGAGCCUACAGCAAGGAAGUCCACCAGCGCAUCAACAAGCAACUUGAGGAGAUCCAGCGCCUGGAGGGGGUGCGGGACAAACUGCAGGUCCAGAUCAGCAUUGCCCAGAACCAGGUCAAGCGGCUGCAGGACAGCAAGAGGCUGGAAAACAUGGGUCACCUGCUCAAGUGCCAGGUCCAGGCGCAGGCUGAGGUCAAGGAGCUGCAGGAGCAGACCAGAGCCCUGGACAGGCAGAUCCAGGAAUGGGAGAGCCGGGUCUUUGCCCAUGGGAAGGAUGUCAAGGCCUCGGGAUGCAUCCUGGAUCAGAAGGUCAAGAGCCAGCGAAGGGUCAAGAUCCUUGAAGACCAGUUGGACAGGGUCACCUGUCGCUUUGACAUCCAGCUGGUUCGGAAUGCAACCUUGCGGGAGGAGCUGGAUCUCCUGCAGAUUGAGAGGAACCGCUAUCUGAAUGUGGACCACAAGCUGCAGAAGGAGUUGCAGCUCCUGCGGGACACGGUCAGGACCCUCAUGGUCUCCUCCACCUCUGCCUACAGCAUCAGGGAGGAGGCGAAGGCCAAGUUAGGCAUGCUGCGGGAGAGGGCAGAGAAGGAGGUGGCCCAGAACGACACGGAGGUGCAGAUCUUGCAGCGGCAGAUCGCGCACUUGGAGCAGCUGCACCGCUUCCUCAAACUCAAGAACGGCGAUCGGCAGCCGGAUCCCGCCGUCGUGGAGAAGCGCGAGCAACGGGCCCGGGAGGUGGCCGAAGGCCUCCGGAAGACCUCCCAGGAGAAGCUCGUGCUGCGCUACGAGGACGCCCUGAAGAAACUGUCCCAGCUGACCGGGGAGAGCGACCCGGACUUGCUGGUGGAGAAGUACCUGGAGUUGGAGGAGCGGAACUUCGCGGAGUUCAGUUUCAUCAAUGAGCAGAACUCGGAGCUGGAGCGUCUGCAGGAGGAGAUCAAGGAGAUGCAGGAGGCCUUGGAGAGCGGGCGCCGCAGCGAGGAGGACCGCCGCUCGAGGCAAGAGCAGCAGCGGGCCGAGUUGCAGCAGCGCGUGGACGAGGUGCACACGGAGGCCGAGAACCUGGAGGCCCGCUUCCAGAACUUUCGCGGGCAGCUGGAGAAGCUCAAGACCGAUAUCCAGCGCCUCUUCACCAGGGCCCAGUGUGACAGCACGGUCAUCAAUGACCUCCUAGGGGUCAAGAUCCACAUGAGAGACCGGGACAUAGGCCUCUUCCUGGGCCUCAUAGAGAAGCGGCUGGUGGAGCUCCUGACAGUGCAGGCCUUCCUCGAAACCCAGAACAACCUCUCUGCCAGCUCGCCUAAUGCUGCCCUCCUGGUGCUGGGCCAGAGCCCCGAGGAUCUUCCCAAGAAAGUGGCCCCACCUCAGCCCCCUGACAAUCUUGAGGACCCCCCAGGCUUUGAGGCCAACGACGACUACCCGCUGAGCGAGGGGGAGCUGCUGAGCUACGUGGUGAAGUCGCUGGAGGCCCGGGAGCAGGCGAGGGGUCAGUACCUGAAGCAGCAGGCCGAGGCCGUCACGAAGGUGGACAGCACCCCGAGCGUGACCCUCUCCAGCACCCAGGCCAGCUCCGGCCUGCCCCUGCUGCCCAAGAGCCCCAGCGCUGUCCCCGGCUCCCUCACGAGCCACAGGGCUAGCGGCAUCCUGGCGUCCAGCGCAGGCCGCGCCACCAGCUCCAAUGUCGGCCGCGUCACCUUUGGGGACCCCAGCCCCAGCGCAGGCCACGCGACCUUCGGCUCCACCAGAGCCGUCACCGGGGGACUUACUUUCAGCCGGGGCUCGACUGAGGGCCGCGUGAUCUUCACAUCCCCCAACUCUAGCAGCUACCUGGGGUCCAGUGGAUACUUGGGGUCCAGCAGAGGCCACGAGAGCUUUGGGGACCCGGAGAGCAAAGGCCCUGAGUCAGAAUCGAGUGGAGGCCCCGAGUCCAACAGAGGCCAAGUCUCAAGCACUGGCCCUGCCUCUAGCACCGGCCGGGUCUCCACCACCAGCAAAGAUCCCCAGAGCAACUACUAG